AUGGGAAAAUAUAAAAUUGUUUUACUUUGCUUGUCAUGGUAUAUUGUCAGCGCUAGCAACAACGUAGUUGGUAAAUGGGUUUUACGCGAUUGGCCUCAUCCUUUAACUUUGUCCUUUAUCCAAGUGGUAUCGCAAACGGUUUAUCUUGGUUCACUGCUCAAAUUUUGGCAUGUCGAUUCACUCCCUUAUGUUGUUUAUAAAUCGUACUGGAGUAAAAUCCUUCCUUUAGCGGCUAAUAAAAUUUUAGGUGCUUUACUUAGUCAUGUUGCUAUUUGGAAAGUUUCUGUAUCUUAUGCACAUACAGUUAAAGCUUUAAUGCCUUUCUUUACCGUUAUUAUGGCGAAGCUAGUCCUUGGUGCUACAUAUACUGUAAAGGAGUACUUAUCUUUACUUCCUAUCGUUGGUGGAGUUAUGUUAGCUACCGCUACAGAAAUAGAAUUUGAUAUUAUCGGCCUAAUUAGCUGUGUACUAUCAACGCUUUCUUUUGCCUUACAAAACGUUUAUAGUAAAAAAGUCUUGUCCGAUGUUAAGGUCCAUCAUUUAAGAUUACUGCAUACCAUGUCAAGAAGUGCUACUAGCCUGAUGCUCCCAAUUUGGUUCGUUUUUGAUGUUAUGCCUAUACUCGAAGAGAAAGAUACGGUACGAUAUCCAUAUUAUCCAUACUGGAUCACCUUUCUGGUAUUUCUAAAUGGUUUCAUCAACUUUCUUCAAAAUAUAAUAGCUUUCACAAUAUUAUGGACGAUCAAUCCCUUAAGUUAUUCAGUAGCAAGUGCGACUAAAAGGAUUUUUGUGAUAGUUAUAUCAAUAGCCAUUCUUCGGAAUCCUAUCACUUCAGCAAAUGCAAUCGGAAUGACAUUAGCUGCUGGUGGUGUUGUUAUUUAUAAUCGAGUUAGUUCCGCAAAUUUUAUGAACUAG